AUGAAACCUCUAGAGAUACUACCAUUGUUCUUCAUUGUUGGCUUUGCGAUAGUUUGUGCGGAUAAUACACCAAUAUGUUGGGAUCACCUGAAUCCGUUAAAACCAUCUGAAAGAAAGCGAGUUUCAUGUUAUUCAACGACAAAUACAAAUUCAAAUGAUUUAUCAUUCACAAAACGUGACGAAUCCGACAUGUUUAAUGUUACUUUUACGUGCCUGGUGAAUAAUCAAACGCUUUGUAACAAAGUAAAAAACGCGUUUGAUUCUGCAGGGCAAAUAAUUGCUGCCGCGAUCGCGUUCAAAACACCUGUAACUGUCAACGCAACCUUUACAAAUUUUUGUUCAGUUUCGAAGCAAUGUUCUUUAACUUCAGGAACGUUAGGAGGGGCUUCUCCAGCAAGAUCCAUACAAAUUACUGAUGAUGAUGGUGUACAACGAUUAUUUCCUCAAUCUCUUGUUAAACAAAAAAAUUUUACUGGUAUUAAUCAUUCUAUGUACUCUGAUUUUGACAUUUUCGCUAUUUUCAAUAGUCAAGCAGGUUAUUGGUUUGAGGGCGAUGGUGAGAUGAAAAAUAGUCAGUCAGAUUUUUUAUUUGUUAUAUUACAUGAGUUGAUUCAUGGAUUAGGAUUUACUUCUGGUUAUGAUGAUUUUAUUAAUGUGUCACCACAGGCAUUGACACCACAAAUCUUUUCUGAGGGUACUGGAGAUAUUAUAUUUAGUGGAUUUGUAGAAAUGGUAUUCGAUAAAUGUAUGGCUAUUCUUCCAUCUGGUCAACGUAUAUCAAAUAUUACAAAACAACUUAAUACGACUUUUCUUUUACCUCCUAAAUCAACUGAUAUUUCAAAUGCGACAAUUCUUGAAACAACAUUAAAUCCUUAUAGUUUUGGUUCAAGUGUUUGUCAUUUUGAUUAUAAAACUUAUAAUAGAACUAGUGAUUUCUUAAUGAGAUACUUGCAAGAACGUGGUUUAACAUUACGUCAAUUCAUAUAUUUGGGUGGGAAUUAUCCUUAUGGUCCUAUAGGUCCAAAAUUACGAA